AUGUCAAAACAUAACAGACAGGACCCGGUCCCUCUUGAACCGACAACCAAGAGACCAAGACUCGAAGAUGAACAUUUAUAUGCUCCCCUCCAUCAUCAUCAACGUCAUCCACACCACCACCAUCACAACCAUACUCAUCAUAAUAUUAAUAACCAGCUUCACCACCAUCAUCAACAACAACAAUACAACCAACAUCAAUAUCAUCAACACCAACAUAUUCAACAACAUUCAUCUUCAAAACCUAGGUAUCCGACUACUGCCGAGUUACUAUUGAAUCCAAAAGCUGUUCGGUUAGCUGCACAAGCGAGUAGUAGUGGUGGUGGUGGUGGUGGAAGCGGCAGCAGUGGCAGCAGCAGCAGCAGUGGGGCCCCAGGGGUUAAUGCAGGGGUGAACAGCGGGUUACCGACGGCAAAUCGACAGGGGACUGUGCAACUACCCCCCUUGCAGCUACAGGAUUCGAUGGGUACAAGAGCUGCUAAUAUGCUGCUAAAUUUACAUGGAGUGGUAGAUCGUGCUUCUAGCACGCCGUACGGAAGUCGACAUAGCAGUCCGUUUCCGAGGCAAUCUGUACAGCAGCAGCAGCAGCAGCAACAACAGCAGCAACAGCAACAGCAACAACAGCAACAGCAACAGCCGGGAUAUGGAGGAGAUGGAAGUGGCAGCGGAGGGAGUGGGCAUGGGAGGAGUCAGAGUGCGAGUGGAGGGUUUGCGGGGGGGAAAGGAUCUGGGAAGUUGACUUUGCCGAGUAUUGAAGAUGGGUUUAAAACUGGAGCGGAGGCUCGAGCGACGAAGAAGAAAAGGUCACCAACGCCGGAGAUACAGUUUUUAAACAGCAGGUUUUCAUCGGGACAGUCGACGCAGGUUCGGACUUCUUCUAUAGUGGAUUUGACGAAUGACGAAGAUGAAGACGAUCUAAUCUACAGUGGGACAAAGUCUAUAGCACCAAUCGUGUGCUAUGGUAUGAUUAUGAAAGUACAAGCUUCAAUCGCUGUCAUUCCGGACCCACCGCCGAAUCUGGAUCCUUUAAGCUUUGGGCGAAUGUGGCCGAAGAUUCCUGUAUCCUUGACUAGAGGAGAGCCACGGACUUCCUGGGUGGUUAAUUUGACGACUGCUUCGGGAAGAAAUGUGGGGACAUUGAGAGGCGCAAAUGCCAAAGCGAUGGCUUCUUUGAUGGAUCUAGGACUGGUUGAUAGGACCCAAGCAAUCAUUUUACCGAGAUACAAAGGCUUUGAAGUAGCUGGACAACCGACUUCUCAGACUGUGGAGAUGACAAUUACAUUAUACGGGACCGAAGGGAAUGCCAGAAAGGUUGGAAAUAUGUUAGGGCAACAUAAUCUAUUCCUUCAGGAUCCGAUUGAAAGAGAUCCGAAGUUCCCAUACAAAAAUCCGCAGUACCCAGAGGAACAACAGCAGAAUGGUAAUGCCUACAUGGCUGCAGCGGACCGGGCUAGGCUAGGCAAGGCUACUUACUCGAUAAGGACGACCGAGGAAGUCAAAAACGAGAUCACGGCUGUAUUGGACUCUUUAGAGAAGGUCCAAGUUUUGGAAGAGACUGAAGCGGACCCACGGAUCACAACGGCAAUGUUGCCGCAUCAAAAGCAAGGGCUUAACUUCAUGCUGAAGAAAGAAGGUGAGACGACGUAUGAACAGGGCGAUGGGACUUCGUUCUGGAACGUGAAGAUGUCACCUGGUGGUAUGAGGAUGUAUCAAAACGUUAUCACUGGGCAGCAGAUGAGAUCGAAGCCGACACCAUGCCUGGGCGGUAUCUUGGCUGAUGAUAUGGGACUUGGAAAGACGCUCACCGUGCUAUCGUUAAUUAUUUCGACUCUUCAGGAGGCUGCGGCGUUUGGCAGGAGGCGAAAGGGUAGCCCAACCAGCGACCAUGACCUUUCUGUCAUGUAUGCCAAAUCAACCUUGCUCAUAUGCCCGCUUUCAGUCUUGGUCAACUGGGAGGAUCAAAUAAAGGCACACGUAGUGCCAGAUGCGAUCUCUUACUAUGUCUACCACGGGAACAACCGGCUCUCCGACCUCAACGAACUUGCGAAAUAUGACAUGGUGAUCACGACCUAUGCGCUAGCCGCUAGUGACUUCGGAAAGGCGCAAAAGGAUAACACGGGCGUUUUACAAAAGAUCCAUUGGUUUCGGAUAGUUCUUGAUGAGGCGCAUACGAUUCGGGAGCAAAAUACGGUCCAAUCCAAGGCGAUUUGCAACAUGGAAGCCUCAAGAAGGUGGGCGGUUACAGGGACACCGGUUCAAAAUAGGCUUGAUGAUCUCGGCACCCUGAUCAAGUUUUUGAGGGUUAGCCCGUUCGAUGUUCGAUCGCAGUUUAACCAAUAUAUAUCUGCACCACUCAAGUCUGGAGAUCCCACAAGUAUGGACAAACUCAGGGUUCUGGUUGACAGUAUUGCUCUACGGCGACGGAAAGACAGGAUCGACCUCCCCACCAAACAUGAUAGAACACUUCAGCUUAGGUUUAGUCGUGAAGAACAAGAAUUAUAUGAUGCAACCUCCCGCCAAUCGAGAUACAAAAUUGAUAUGGUCGCGAAGCAGGGGCAUCUUAAUGGGAAAGCUUACGUCCACGUCCUUCAAACAAUACUUCGCCUACGAAUGAUUUGUGCGUCUCGAGAUCUUCUAGGCGACGAAGACACAGCGGGAUUGAUUUCUUCCAACGCGAUUGAUAUCGAUUCUCUGACGGACGAAGAAACACACGCCAUGGGCAAGAAGCAAGCAUUUGAAAUUUAUAACUUGAUGAAGGAAUCCGACGAAGACAUAUGUUAUACCUGCCAGAAGAAAGUUAGCACCGCGACUGCUAGGGAUGGGACUCCGACAAACCAGGAUGCCAGCGUGCCAUUCGGCCAUAUCACAACUUGCCCUCAUCUUUUCUGCACAGAGUGUGGGCCGAAAUAUUUGGAGGCACUACUGGAGUAUGCGAAUAUGGGGGACUGGACCAAUUGCCCUCUUUGCCGACUACCUCUCAGGAUUGGAAUGAGAGAAUUGAAGGCCUCUGAUGAUCCGAGCUUGCAGAAAGAUGAGAAUAUCAAGAGGAAGGUGGUGUUCCGAAACUCAAGUACGAAGAUUAGACACUUGGUCAAUGAUUUGAUGGAUAACAGAAACAUGGGAGAUGAUAAGGGAAGGAUUAAGAGUGUGAUCUUUUCUGGUUGGACAAUGCAUCUAGAUCUCAUCGAAUUCGCCUUUGAAAGAGCCGGGAUCAAAUGGACACGAAUUGAUGGGAAGAUGAACCGAGCGCAGCGUGCCGACUCGCUCACGAGGUUUCGCGAGGAUCCGGACGUCGAAGCUAUCCUUGUUAGCAUUAGUGCGGGCGGCGUAGGCCUGAACCUAACGGCUGCAUCACGGGUCUACGUUAUGGAACCACAAUUCAAUCCUGCAGCCGAAGCACAAGCUAUCGAUCGUGUGCACCGUUUAGGACAAGAAAGAGAAGUCUGGUGCACACGUUAUAUCAUGGAAGAUUCAUUCGAAGAGAAGAUUGUGGCGUUACAACAGAAGAAGCAAAGAAUUGCAGACCUCAGUAUGACGCAAGGAAAGAGUAAGAGGCAGAGAGCGCAGGACAAGAUUGAUGACCUGAGAGAGCUAUUUAGGUAG